UGACGAGCACAUAGCAUUGCAAAGCGUUCAUUACAUCAAUAUUCAAUAAUGAUGUGGUUGGUUAACAUUCAAUGAAUUUGUCAGAAAUCCAUAAAACGCAACAAUUAAGAUGUGUCACUGCACUUGUUUAUUAUGAUCUCAUUCUUAAUUUCAAUGAAAUGGUCGUGACUGAAGUAUCGAAAGUGCCCUCUGGGAAUGCCGUUCAAAUUAUGGCUACAGUAAUGGGCGUGAAAUAAAGAUAAUGUACUGCGAUAUAUACAAUGAAAAACGUAAAUAAUCGUGGCAUUUGCAAGACUCAUGUGAUGGCAACGUUAUCAGAAGAAGAAUAAUAUUGAGGUCAAUGGCGAUAGUAGCUGAUAAUUAUUAGCGCAUCACAAUAUCAUCACAUCAUGGUAUCGGUUGGCGUGUGAAGCUGAAGUUCACAUUUCUUUGUAUAUUAGUGAUAAAAUGGUUGUAGUCGAUAUAUCUAAGGUAUUCCCCGGAAGAAUUCCACAAAUUCUUGCUACAGUGACGGGAACUUUAACGGCGCUAUCCGAUGGAAUGCAAUACGGAUGGUCAGCGCCAAUUAUACCUCUUCUACAACAACCCUCAUCGCCCGUAAAAAUCACAAAUUCGGAUAUAGUAUGGAUAGAAAACACGUUUAUGUUGGGUGGUUUGGCCGGAAUACCACUAACAAUUUACUUAUUGGACAAGUUGGGUCGGAAAAACUCAAUGCUAAUCGCGGCCGUGGAAAACCUGAUCGCGUGGUUGCUGCUGAUAUUCGCCUCGUCAAGUGAAGUUAUCUUGGUGGCCCGCUUCCUCACGGGGUUCGCGGGCGAUUGUAACUUUGUCGCCACCCCCAUGUAUAUCGCGGAGAUAGCCGACAAGAAAAUACGCGGAAGACUAGGCGCACUGAUAUUUAUAAUGAUGCUGAUGGGCAUUUUACUUAUUUACUCCAUUGGACCAUUCAUUUCCAUCGCGGCUUCGUCGAGUGUUGGUGCGGCGGUGAUAAUCACGCAAUUGUUAACUUUUUCGUUUAUGCCCGAAAGCCCCUAUUACCUUUUGGUGAAAAACAGAAAGGAAGAAGCUAGGCAAGCGCUGCGGAUCCUGCGCGGUACUGAAGAUGUUGACCAGGAACUGGAAGAGAUUGCGCAAGCAGUGGAGGAGGAAAACAGGGCACGUGGGAGACCGCUUGAACUGUUUACCGUGAAAAGUAACCGAAAAGCGAUAAUAAUAAUGUCUGUACUUAACUUUGCGCAACAUUUUAGUGGCGUUAGUGUUAUACUAAUGAACCUCCACAUGAUUCUGGAGGAUGCUGCUACGAACAUUCCACCAAGCAUAAUCGCCAUUAUAUUUUCCGUUUUAAUGUUAUUCGCCAGUGGUCUUUCUGCCCUUCUUAUCGAUAGUCUCGGGCGGAAGAUAUUGUUGUACACGUCAUGUUUCUUAACUGCCGUUACAUUGUUAUUGUUAGCGACUUAUUUCGCGUGCAAGAAUAACGACGUGAACAUGGAGGCGUAUAGCUGGGUGCCGGCGGUUGCGGUAAUAUCCUACGCAAUAACAUUCAAGUGUGGUUUAGGACUGAUACCAAUCGUUUUGACCGCCGAACUGUUCCCAACAAAUGUUAAGGCGUUAGGAUGCACAGUAUCCGACGCCAUGUAUAUAAUUGGAAGCGUUUCGUCCAUUUAUGCGUUCCACUUUUUACAUAUGAAUUACGGGAUGCACGUUCCGUUUUUCCUUUUCGGUUGUGCGUGUUUACUAACUGGAAUUUUUUCUCUGCUUAUCAUUCCAGAAACUAAAGGCAAGACAUUGGACGAAAUUCAAAAGUUGCUGAAAGGGGAAGAGUCUGCUGUAAAUGGUGCUUGUGUCAGCGAUGCGGAUAGCGAAACAAUUCCUCUACUGAGUUGACGAGGUUGAGUCAUUUCGUGACGAUUUACGAUAAUGUUCCGUAUACUUACCAAAGAAUAUACACAACAAUUCACACUUAUGUUAAUAGCUUCUAUUGCAGUAUUGUGAAUUUAGUUUAAUCAGAGUUUUAAAUAAAAUAACUAUUGUAACUAGUCGUACAGUAGACGAGCA